AUGUCCUCCCCUCCCCCGAAAGUCUCGCUGUAUUCGAGCAACGAAUUGAAAAAUGCAACCGACGAUGCCCUGACCCCCUACCUGACGACGCUGCCGAAACCGUAUACCUUCAAACAACAACACUACGCUACCAACGUGCGCCUGGUACUCGGGUACGCCGCCGUCAUCAUCGCGGGUGUUUUGUUCUACGCGGACUACAAGCUCGGCUGGGACGCGACAAAAGCAUACACGGGCCCGGCGUGCAUUGCAUAUUUCGUCCUGAAUGGCGCGUUGACGUACUGGAUCUGGGCCGUGGAAGCGGGCACGGUGUUCGUGGGGACCAGAGAAGGUGGUCAGAAGUUGACCCUCAAAUCCUCGACGCAGAAAUACAAGCCGAUAUAUAAACUCAAAGUCACGUACGAGGCGCCCUCGGGCAAGAAAUGGGAAGACAAGGAGAUCGAAGGCUCGUUCACGCAGUGGUUCAAUACGCACGGCUAUCUCCAGAAGAAAGAGUUUCAGGCUUGGCUAGCUGACAAUAUCGAGGUUUUGGGCAUGGCCGAGAAGGAGUCCCUGGAUAAGAAGAACAGCAGUCGUGCCGCGUCGACACCGUUGACUGUGAACGGCACGGAAGCCACUCCUGCAGUUCCCUCUUUCGCGACUGGCUCAGAAGCGUCCGCCGUACCGACCAGUGCGAAAAAGGGGAGGGGGAAGAACAGGGCGUGA